AUCAGUUCCCGUUCAAACGCGACGCAACGCGCAACAUGCAGCCGUUGCUCCUAGUGCUGGCCCUUUGCGUGGCCCAAAUCUGUGCCCUCCCUCAAGGGUCCCCAAACGACUAUAAUGACGAGAUCGACAACGAGGAUACAAAUGUCCCAUGGCAGCCGGAGCCUCUGAAACCAGCCCCCUGGCAGGAGGAGCCCCAAAUUCAACCGCCCCAGGUUGUCGAGGUUCAAGUGCCCGGAAUCGGAAACAUCGCGGGAGUCAAAGCCUUCAGGAAUACUGCCAGGCGCCCGGUGAAUGCCUUUCUGGGUCUGCGCUACGGCCAAGUUGGAGGCGGCCUUGCCCGCUUCCAGGCUGCGCGACCAGUCGGCUUCCAGGGAAGGAUUAACGCCACCGUCCCGUCUCCCAACUGCGCCCAGUUUCCGGAGCUCGAUCGCCUGAGGACGGCGGAGUCGCGGGGCGAGAACGUCGACGACUGCCUCACCCUGGACAUUUACGCACCCGAGAAUGCAAACCGGCUGCCCGUCCUGGUCUUCGUCCACGGCGAAAUGCUGUUCGACGGCGGUGCCGAGGAGGGCCAGCCGGACUACAUCCUGGAGAGGGAUGUGCUGCUGGUCUCCAUCAACUACCGCCUGGCGCCCUUCGGCUUCCUGAGCGCCCUGAGCGACGAGCUGCCCGGAAACGUGGCUCUUUCGGAUCUGCACCUGGCUUUGGAGUGGCUGCACCGCAAUCUGCCCUACUUUGGCGGCGAUCCCGGAAAGGUGACGCUGGUGGGUCAGGCUGGUGGGGCCACCUUGGCUCACGCUUUGAGCCUCAGCGGUCGGGCCAAAAAUCUCUUCCAGCAAUUGAUCCUGCAGUCGGGCACCGCUUUGAAUCCCUACCUGAUUGAUGAGCGUCCACUUGAAACCCUGGACACCUUUGCCCGCCUUGCCCGCUGUCCACCUGCCACGCCCACUGCGCGGGGUCUGCAACCACUGUACGCCUGCAUCGCCCGACUGCCCACCUCCCAGCUGGUGGCCGCCUUCGAGCAACUGUUUGAGCAGAACGAGCGUUUUGGCCUGGCCCACAUUGGCGGCUUCAAGCUGGUCGUCGGCGAUCGCCUGGGCUACCUGCCACGCCCCCCCGCCCAACUGGCCGCCAACGUCAGCAACGCACUGCCCAUGAUCGUCGGCGCCACCAAGGAUGCCGGUGCCUUCAUCUUGUCGCGUGUAUACGACCAGAUCGCCUCUCUUCGGUCGUAUAAUGUGAGUGACUACAUCGACGUAGUGCUGCGCCACACGGCCCCGCCCAGCGAGCACCGUUUCUGGAAGCAGUUUGCUCUGCGCGAGAUCUUCCUUACGGACCAGGAGCGAAGUGCCAGCCCGGAGUCUGUGGCCGAGGGCCUGCUGGAGCUGAGCAACUACAUCCUGUACCGCGCACCCGUGAUCAACUCCAUCCGUCAUUCGUACCGAUCGGUCCCGGCCUACCUGUACCUGUUCGCCUAUCGCGGACAGCACCAUCGGUUCUUCCACCUGCGCAACCCCCUUCCUUUCGGCGUGGAUGCCUCUCUCAGCGAUGACGGUGUGUACUUGUUUCCCUAUCCGCCGGAGUCCAGUCACCUGAAUUCCGCUGACAGUGCGGUGUCUAACUCUUUGGUCGACAAGUGGGUGGACUUUGCUGUUGCUGGCGUACCCAAUCAGAAUUCCGGUGGAUGGCCACGGGCUAGCUCAGAGUAUGGCCCCUUCCUGCGCUUUAGUAACUCCAUUCCUCUUCUCGAACUGGACCCGCACUUUGGAGAAGGCCUUAACUUGCCCAAUCUUAGCGGGGAGAGCUUUAAGCCAACCAUCAACAUAACAUAUCCCAGCCCCACGACUACCACUACAACUACCAGACGUCCGCACGCGUACAAUCGGCCAAGCAGGCCAAACCAGCAGCCUCGGACUUGGAAUCCUUCCAAUCCCGAUUAUGUGAAAGAUCAGGAAGCCAAACAGCAGCAGUUUAUUCGCGAUCGUGCGCAACGUUGGAAAGAGCAGCAGCAGCGAGAGCAAGAAGAUCGAGAGCGACAGCGACAGCAGCGAGAGCAAGAAGAGCGAGAGCGCCAGCAGCGAGAGCAAGAAGAGCAAGAGCGACAGCGACAGCAGCGAGAGCAAGAAGAGCGAGAGCGACAACGAGAGCAGCGAGAGCAAGAAGAGCGAGAGCGACAGCGACAGCAGCGAGAGCAAGACGAGCCAGAGCGAGAACGACAGCUCCUGGAGGAAGAAGAACGAGUGCGUCAGCAACAAGAGCUAGAACGCGAGCAGCAAGAACGAGAACAGGAAGAGCGGUACAAUCAAGAACGAGAGCAGCAAGUGCAAUAUGAACAAGAACCUCAGCCCGUAGAUAAUCCAGAAGAGCAUCCGUAUGACGGCUUUCCCUCUUACAAAGAAGUGGAACAGCAGCGAGAGUGGCAAGAGCAGCAAGAACGAGAGCGGCAAGAGCGUGAACAGCAAGAGCGAGAGCAGCAAGAGCGAGAGCAGCAAGAGCGAGAUCAGCAAGAACGAGAUCGGCAAGAGCGAGCUCGGCAAGAUCGAGAUCAGCAAGAACGAGAUCGGCAAGAUCAAGAGCAAAGAGAACGUGAGCAGCAAGAACAAGAUCAGCAAGAACGAGAGAGGCAAGAACAGGAACCACAAGAACCCGAGGAUAAUCCAGAAGAUCCCUCAUACGAUGUACAUCCCUCCGAUCCCGAGCCCGAUCGUAACUACAACGAGGAACAGGAACGCGAGGAACAACAACGAGAGCAACUUCGUCGAGAGCAGCAGGAACAGCGAGAUCGUGAAGAUCAAUUGCAACGCGAACGUGAGCAAGAGCGCGAGCGGCAAGAUUGGGUCCGGGAAGAUCAACCAAAAGAUAAGCCCGAAGAUUACCCCAGCUACGAGGAGUACUUAAAGGCCCAAGAAGAAUCAAAUUCGGAACGUGAUCGUAACUACGACGAGGAGCAGGAACGCGAGCGACAGCAGCAAGAACAAUUGCACCAAGAGAGGCAUCCGCAUCCGGAAGGAAAUCUCCCAGAAACACACGACUCCGAUCCCAACUAUGCCGAAGAAGAGGAAAGCGAUCAACAGGCUGGCGAGGAUCAAGUAGUUAAUCGCAACAGCUAUUCCGAUAACGAGGAAUUAGAACGGUCCCAGGACGAGGAAACAGACCCGGAUGCCCUCAAUCCCGCGGACUUUGAAAACUAUGAGGCAUACAUAUUGGCCGCAACGAAGCAGCAAGAGGAACGGGAUGAACAAUACCGGUUGGAGGAUGAGCGUAUUAGGGCUCAACAGGAGGAGGAAUAUCGUCUUAGGCUGAACAGGCAGAGGAGGAAUGUCAUAGGGCCCAACCGAACAGGGAAAACUCCCUCCGGCUAUUUUCGCAACUGAAGAGCCUAAUCAAUGGUCCGCAGCACAUUAGGCACAGUCAGAAGUAGAUGUUACCUCUUACAUAUUCUUUAUAUUUCAAAAUAUAUGCAUAAAAAUACAAAUUUUUUAACUUUAAAAACUAA